UGUAAUAUUUCCCCGACACUAGAGAAGUGUUGAUUAAAGCAUAAUCUCGGUGAUAUACGGAUUAAACCCUACUCCGAAUUAAAAUAGGAAUUCUUCCCUAUCUUGUUUUGUGGCUGAGCCCCCUUAAUUUAAGGCGAUCUGAAAGCAGGAAGUAUGCCGUCAGCCAAUCAGAUUCCUCGGCAGACAAGACAAAACAUCCCUAGUGCCGCCGAGGCUAAAAAUAAUGCUCACAUAAGCUUUCAUUGAAUUAAUAUUGCUUAGACCUUUUUUUUCCAGUUGUGCGUGAUUUUAUCACCGUUCGUGAUAAAACGACAUAACCUAUUGCUCUACGGAUAAAGUGAGCAGAGAUGGCUGAUGGCGGAGAGACUGUGGAAGGGGAGGAUGAGCCACCCAAUAUGAGCUAUCCCCUGGUCACGGUCUCCGACUUGUCCAGCCUCACCGUCGCAGUAGGCCGAAAUCUGAAGGAAUGGCUGCAGGAGCAGUUCUGUGACAAGCCUCUUGAGCAGUGUGAGGACAUGCGUCUCCACAAUGCAGCCUACGUGGGAGACUUGGACACCAUCAAGAGUCUGCUGCAGGAAGACAGCUUCAAGCAACGGAUCAAUGAAAAAUCGGUGUGGUGCUGUGGCUGGCUGCCCUGCACACCCCUGCGCAUCGCUGCCACGGCCGGCCACGGUGAGUGUGUGGACUUCCUCAUCGCACAGGGGGCUGAAGUGGACCUUGUGGACGUGAAGGGGCAGACGGCUCUGUACGUUGCCGUGGUUAAUGGCCACCUGGACUGCGUUCGGAUCCUGUUGGAGGCUGGCGCCGACCCCAACGGCAGCCGCCACCACCGCAGCACCCCUUUGUACCACGCGGCCCGGGUGGGCAGGACGGACAUCCUGCAGGAGUUGGUCAGGUUCAACGCCGACGUGGACGUGGACCACCAACUGGGCCCGAGGCCCCUGUUCAGCGCCCGCACCCUCUCCACACUGGUUGUGUGCCCAUUGUACAUCAGCGCAGCCUACCAUCACCUGCACUGCUUCCGGCUUCUCCUGCAGGCUGGGGCCAACCCCGACUACAACUACACGGGCCCCGUGAGCCGCGAGGCACUGGCCCGGGGCCUGGCUUCCUGUCUGCUGGACGCUGUCCUCAGGCAUGGCUGUGAGCCUGCCUUUGUUAGGUUGCUGCUGGAGCAUGGGGCGGACCCCAAGCUCGUGACCUGGGCGGAGCCUGACCCGGAUACCAUGGGAAGGGUGAGGGUCAACAGCGAGGCCUUGCGUAUCUACCAAGAGGCCAGGCGGUGUCCGAGGCGGCUGACUCACCUGUGCCGCAUCACCAUCCGCCGGGUGAUGGGCAAGCACCGUCUGGGACACAUCUCCUGCCUCCCCCUGCCCUACGCCAUCAAGAGUUUUCUGCUCCACGGAGACAUCCGUGGGCCUGACACACCAGCGCUGCAGACUCACGACUGAGGUGGUAGCGGCCGUCCACGAGCACAGAAGAUCUCAACCUGCGCUGAGGAGCCCCUGAGAGGAGCAGAGAUGCACCGGUGCCUCGAUUCUGCGGAGAGCUGUGGAGGCCAGCCGCUGCUGCCACGCCUUCGUCUUGCUCCUGACACUGCUCCUUACCCAGGGGAGGGGAGGUGCUCGGUGCACCCUCUCAGAAGACACACACUACCACUUUCACGGCAUGCCAUUCUGUGAGUCAAGCAUGUUGGUGCACAUCAGGCUUUCUUUACGCAAGUGUACUUUGCAGCAAAAUAUUGUAUAAAAUGAAUGUCACACUGCAGAAUCAUAUUGACUCUUUAUAAUCACUUAAACUGUGAUUAGUCUGAGUAGAUGGGUAAUUUAUAUUUAAGAACAAAUUUUAUAUUUCUUCAUUGUUAUGGUCAAUGUGGUGUGAUAGGUAAAAGAAAUAAUCAUAGCUUAAUUUAUGAUCAUUUAUGGAAUUUAUAUUAUGCUUAGACAUAUUUUUAAACUUUGCCUUUGCCUUAAUUUAAACUAAGAUGCCUGAAAUAAACUGUAUUGCCCCUCGU